UAGAGUAAGGCGAGAGGAACAGGGCCUCUUAGCUAAGCUCAAGGGGCCUCAAGAACACUCUGCGUCUCUGUAGACAAGAGCCCUACAAGCACUUCAGAAUGAAGAGUUGCGGGAGCAUGCUGGGGCUCCGGGGCAUUUGUCUUCCCCGGACGGGGGUCCUGUUCCUCUUGCCCCUCCUGCCACUGCUGCUGCUGCCCGCGACCCCAGCGCCCCACCGUGCCACCUACAAACCGGUCAUCGUGGUGCACGGGCUCUUCGACAGCUCGUACAGCUUCCGCCACCUGCUGGAAUACAUCAACCAGACACACCCCGGGACUGUGGUGACAGUGCUUGAUCUCUUUGAUGGGAGAGAGAGCUUGCGGCCCCUGUGGGAACAGGUGCAAGGGUUUGGAGAGGCUGUUGCUCCCAUCAUGGCGAAGGCCCCUGAAGGAGUACAUCUCAUCUGUUACUCACAAGGGGGCCUUGUGUGUCGGGCGCUGCUGUCUGUUAUGGAUGAUCACAAUGUGGAUUCUUUCAUCUCCCUCUCCUCUCCACAGAUGGGACAGUAUGGAGACACAGACUAUUUGAAGUGGCUGUUCCCCACCUCCAUGCGGUCAAAUCUUUAUCGGAUCUGCUAUAGCCCCUGGGGCCAGGAGUUCUCCAUCUGCAACUACUGGCAUGACCCUCACCAUGAUGACUUGUACCUCAAUGCCAGCAGCUUUCUUGCCCUGAUUAAUGGGGAAAGAGACCAUCCCAAUGCCACUGCAUGGCGGAAGAACUUUCUUCGUGUGGGUCACCUGGUGCUGAUUGGAGGCCCUGAUGACGGUGUUAUUACUCCUUGGCAGUCCAGCUUCUUUGGUUUCUAUGAUGCAAAUGAGACCGUCUUGGAGAUGGAGGAACAACCGGUUUAUCUGCGGGAUUCUUUUGGGCUGAAGACUCUCGUAGCCCGGGGGGCCAUAGUGAGGUGCCCAAUGGCUGGCAUCCCCCACACAGCCUGGCACUCCAAUCGCACCCUUUAUGAUGCCUGCAUUGAACCAUGGCUCUCCUGAGGACGUCUGCAAGGGUCCCCCAGGAACCUCGCAGCCCAGAAAUCCAGCGGCAGCCUUGGAAAGCAGACGUCAGGGUCUGGCGUGUCUGUGACCACCUCAUUGCUCCCACACUGCCCCCUACAACCAGGGCUCCCAGAACCCCCACUCCUCUGUGAAUGAUAAAUCCUGGUCUCUCCCACCUCAUGUCCUCUCAUUUAGGGGGCUUCUCCAUGCCCUCCCUUUCUCCUAAGGCCGAGGUUGGGGGGUGUGAAACAGGUUUUUAACCUGUGGCUGCUCCUGCUGCUGCUGCUGCUCCCCUGUAUCUGGCUGUACAGGAGGGGAACUCAGCCCCUGCCCACCACAGGGGUCUCCUUCCAGGCCACUCAGGACAUUUUUAGCUUCUGUUUUCCCCAUGUUCCCUUUUCUUCUGAAUGCCCCAGUUGUUACCCCUCCCAGCCCCCAGAAAGGACUGCCCCUGAGAGUGGGGUUCUGAGGUUCCCCUAUGGGGACAGUUCCGUUCUUGACAUGUCAGUGUUGGGGAAUAUCUGUGGCCUGAAAGGCCCAUCUCAGGUUUGGGAUCCCCCAGUCCCUAUGUUCAGUGUUAGGGUACCCUCUGGGAGCCCAGUUUCUCUGAGGCCCCAGCCCCUCUUUUAGCUACCCUGGAAUGGGGUGUUUCACCUGUAUUUAUAGAAAUAAAGUUCCAUUUCCUCA